UAGAGAACCGGGUCCUGGGGAACGCAGAGAGGGAGCACCCAGCUUGGGAGCCCGAGCGCCGGGUGUCCCGUCGCCCUCACUGCGUACAACGGUCAUUUGCCAUCUUCUUACGCAGGACCCAGCGCGCUCUUGUCUUGGCCUCUGGGCGUCCGUCCCAGAGCCCGUAAGUCUUCUUCCCCUGGCGGCUGUCGCAGUCUCCGCGCCACACACCCGGCUAAUGCUGCUCGCGAGAAGGCUGGCCGCCAUGACCGAGCAGCUCAAGUCUGUGGACUACGAAGUGUUCGGGACAGUGCAAGGUGUUUGCUUCAGAAUGUACACAGAAGGAGAAGCUAAGAAACGAGGUCUGGUUGGCUGGGUGAAGAACACAAGCAAAGGCACAGUGACAGGUCAAGUUCAAGGCCCCGAAGAAAAGGUUGAUGGCAUGAAGUCCUGGCUGAGCAAGGUUGGGAGUCCUAGUUCUCGCAUCGACCGGGCCGACUUUUCUAACGAAAAAACAAUCUCUAAAUUGGAAUACUCUGAUUUUAGUAUUCGAUAUUAAUGGAAGAAAAAUAUCAAUUGCAAUGCUUAUACUAUAGAAAAUAAAACAUUCUUAGAUUUAUAAUAGUAGGAGAGUUAAAAAUGGAAAGUGUCUCUUCUGGAAUUAUACAUUACUGAAAUGUCUGAAACUGAAAACAUUUACUCACCUAUGUUUUAGCAAGCAGAAACUAAAUAUUAUAAAAUAAAAUGUCAUUAUAAAUUAUCUGAUAUGAACAUUCAAGUACAAUGUUGUUUUAUGGAGUCAUAUAAAAAUAUUACAGUAUAUAUGUUAUUUUAUGUUACAGUAUAUAUGUUAUUUUGGCUAGACAUAAAAUAAAAUUAACUAAAAUUA